GAAGUGUUUGUAUACUUCAGAUUGGCAAUUAUGACCUUGACAAUAUUUUAAUUCACUGGCAGAAAUGGAGUUUUUUCAGUUGUUAUCGUUAGCUACAUAGAGUGCUGUUAUGGUUUCGUUCCCGUCAAUUGAUCACUACGAAUUCAAAGAGAUUCUGGGAACGGGUGCUUUUUCAGAAGUUCGUCUUGCAGAAGAUCAGAGAAACCCUGGAUCAUUCGUUGCAAUCAAGUGUAUCCGCAAAAAAUUCCUUUCAAAGUCUCAAAAUUCUGCGUGUGCCAUUAAGGAAGCAGAGUCGCGCAAGGAGUCCUUGAACAAUGAGAUUGAAGUUUUGAGGAGACUCAAACAUCCAAAUAUUGUUCAGCUGUUUGAUGUCCUGGAAGAUGCAGAAUGCUACUAUCUUGUCAUGGAAUUGGUUACUGGAGGUGAACUGUUUGAUCGUAUUGUUCAGAAAGGAAGUUACACUGAACGUGAUGCAAGUGCCCUUAUUCGACAAGUUCUAUUAGCUACUGAAUAUAUGCACAGUCAAGGAGUUGUACACCGAGAUUUAAAACCCGAAAAUCUACUCUACUUUAGCCCCGCUGAUGAUAGUAAGAUAAUGGUUAGCGAUUUUGGCUUAUCCAAAAUUGAAAAUGAACAAUCCAAUAUGGCUACAGCCUGUGGUACACCAGGUUAUGUUGCCCCAGAAGUUCUUACUGUCAGUGAAGGGAGUUCAGGCUAUGGGAAAGAAGUAGACUGUUGGGCCAUCGGCGUAAUUGCUUAUAUUUUACUCUGUGGUUACCCACCAUUUUAUGAUGAGAAUGAUCAUGAACUUUUUCGUCAAAUUCGAAUGGCGGAAUAUGAAUUUGAUUCACCAUAUUGGGAUAAUAUUUCAGACUCAGCCAAAGAUUUUAUUCGUCACCUAUUACAGAAAGAUCCGAAAAAGCGUUACAGUUGUACACAAGCACUGGAACACCCUUGGAUAGCUAGUAAUACAGCACUCGAUAGGGAUCUUUAUCCUUUUGUUAGUGAACAAAUACGCAAGAACUUCUUGGCUGUAAAACGAUGGAAAAAAGCUUACAAUGCAACUGCUGUACUUCAUUUGUUACGUCGUCUUCAACUAAAUAAAAGUAAUUCAACAAUACAGAAAUUCACUGGUUCAACAGAUUCCUUAUCCACCUUCGCAUUUGAUGAAGAUAAAAUAUCACAAAUACAAUGUAAUGAGUCAAAUUCUGUUGAAAAACAGAAUAAAAUCCCCUCCAAACUGCAAACUUCAUGUUCAUCACCGUCAUCAUUAACGUCACCAACGCAUCCUUUUGACACUGCACCAGAGUUAUCCGCACUGAAUACAGAAGUGGACGAAAUCACAGAAACCAAUAUCAGUGACGGAAAUAAAACUUAACUUGACAUUAUUAGAAUUGUUCACUGUACUGGGUAUUGUGAACAAAGAAGUUUAUACUGUAUGCCUAUCAAGGAGGAAACAUUCUGUCAUGAAUACUGUCAUCACACUCAUGAAAAUCACUUUGAAAAUCAGUCUCUGAAGAACGAAAGCUUUUACAAAUUUACUACAUCUUUCUCUAUGUGUAAAUAUAAACACGGGGUGAUCAUUACUUUGUUUGUCAAUUGUUAAUUGUACUCAUUUUCCUCUAGUUUUUGGUCACCAUCUGUUCGCCUCUUUUCCUUAUUUGGUUAAAAAAUAUCUUUUUAUUUUAUAAUUCAUUAAUUUUCCUAGUAAAUAUGAAACAUGAAAGAAUGAAGUUUUAAACUUUUUAUCAGUUAAUUUCUGUUGCAUUCCUGUUGAUAAGUAAAACAGCAAGUUUAAGAGAAUUUUCCAAAGAAGACUAUAAUGAGCUGAAAGAUAUUCACAAGAUGUUGUAGCACUUUGUUUUGUUUUUGUUUAAAAAAAAACAAAUCUAGUGUAGAAAAAAGCAUUUAAAAACACAUAUAGCGCCGUUUUGUUUCGUUGUCAUGCCUCUCUAUCCAGCCACAUCUGAUUUAGAAAUAAAUCAGCGUCUAAAUAAGCUGUCUAGGUUGAUCAAAUACUGCCAAACUUUCCAUCACUUAUAAAGGCAUAUGCAUAACAGAUAUAUCUAUUUACUUAUAAUGUUUUGUUACUAAAUAAAGUGAACAGUUUUAUUGUUUUUCUCUCUGCCUUCAUUUUCUAUUUGAUUCUGUUUGGGUAAUAUUUCAGCUUCUUGUGGUUGAGUAUUUAUUCUAAGCCGUUCUCUUUGCAUCCUUAUUUUUCUCUGUCAUAUACUCACUGAUUCACUCAUUCACUCACUUACUUCCUUAUUCACUCAUAAGAUUCAUUGAAAAAUUGUUGGUUCCACUUGACCGAUACUUGACAUAUAUUUACUCUUAUUUGUACUGUAAUAUGUCAAUAACAGUUGUAAAAAAUGAAAGUGAUUGGUAUUCUUAUCAAAAGAGUUUGGAUUUUCUUUAUUUAUUCUGGAUCAUUUUAAAGCAGUGAUACACUCAUUUUUUUUUCACUACUUGUUGGUUUACUCUAGGUUUUAUUCACACUUUUGUCUUCUUAUUCCACCUUAUUUGAUGAGAUCUUUUUUGUCAACAAGUGUAAAAGAUAAAUUAAAUAAAAGUUAAUUUUGAUA